GCAAGACGACGUCCCCAAAGCAUAAAAAACGCAAGAUUGAAACCAUGUCGGUCCAGUCUGACGAUGAUCUCAUGUAUGAGGAUUCUAGUCGAGACUCGGACGAGGACGUUGAAUUAGAAGACGUUGAUAACGAAGAGGAAGUCUUUGCAGACGAAGACGUUUUUACAGACGUGGUAGCAGAAAAAGAUCGGAAGAAAAGUUAUGAAGUGGAUUUUAAAGUUCACUCAGUUGAAGGUAUCGUCAAGAAUCAAGAUGAGGAAGUUGCUCAUGUGUCUAAUAUUCUUGGUAUCCAAAAGCAACAUGCUGCGACGUUACUUCGUCAUUUUCGUUGGAAUAAAGAAAGACUCAUCGAGAGGUAUAUGGAUGAUUCAGGUGAAGUCUUACAAAAAGCUGGAGUCAUAACUGAUGAUUCUAGGAUUCCAAAGUUCGUAAAGAAGCCAGGGUUUAUAUGCGAAAUUUGCUGCGACGAUGAUGAAGAUCUGGAAACUUUGGCUUUAUCAUGUGGACAUCGGUACUGUCGAACAUGUUACGAACAUUACUUGACACAAAAGAUCAAGGAGGAGGGAGAAAGUCGCAGGAUAUUGUGUAUGGCUAGUGAAUGUAAUGUGAUUGUGGAUGAAAAAACGGUUGAAUUAGCAGUCGAUAGGGAUAUACAUGAAAGGUACCGUACGUUAUUAAAUCGAACAUAUGUGGAUGACAACGAAUAUUUAAGAUGGUGCCCCGCUCCUAGCUGUGAAUAUGCAGUUGAAUGCCAUGUACCACAAACAUCUCUUACUAGUAUUGUCCCAACAGUUGAAUGUAAAUGUAGUCACCGAUUCUGCUUUGGAUGCAGUUUACCAGAUCAUCAACCAUCGAUUUGCAUGCUUGUUAAAAAAUGGGUUAAAAAGUGUGAGGAUGAUUCAGAAACAGCUAAUUGGAUCUCUGCACAUACAAAAGAAUGUGGGAAAUGUCAUUCUACUAUUGAAAAAAAUGGAGGAUGUAACCAUAUGACCUGUCGCAAAUGUAAGUAUGAAUUUUGCUGGGUCUGCAUGGGACCUUGGUCAGAACAUGGUACCAGUUGGUAUAAUUGUAAUCGUUAUGAUGAAAGAAGUAGUCAGGAUGCUAGAGAUCAGCAAGCAAAAUCUCGUGCAUCCUUGGAACGAUAUCUUCAUAAGAUGGAAGAAAUGCAACAAACAUCUGAUUUAUCUUGGAUUGAAGUUCAAUUCCUUAGGAAAGCAGUUGAUACUCUUGUGCAAUGCCGUAUGACGCUUAAAUGGACAUAUGCAUUUGCAUUCUACCUCGCUCGUAACAAUCAAACAGAAAUAUUUGAAGACAAUCAACGAGAUCUUGAAAUGGCAGUUGAACAACUUUCAGAAUUAUUGGAAAAACCUAUUGAACCCGAGAAAAUUAGUGAAUUGAAAGAACAAGUCUUGAACAAAACAGUAUAUGUUUUAAAUCGUAGAGAGGUAUUGUUAGAAGAUACCGCUAAAGGAUUACUUGAAGGGCGAUGGGAAUUCCAGGUAGAUAUUACAAACUAA